UUUUGUUGUCAUCAAGCUUUCUGUUUUAUUUGCAGUUGUACGUGGAUGUCCGAUAGAUCUGAUGAACUUAUCAGCUGUCACAUUGAAGUCGGUGUUGCCUACAAAGCAUCGCCAUGUCGUUAAAUGACUCAGGAAAGUGUGUACACAAAGGUUUGGACAAUGAUUGGAAUAGCCGACCACCAGGGGACGAUGAAGGAGAGGAAUUUGAUAGUUUCUCCAACCAGCUCAAAGCAUUUGGUCUAAAACUGAGAGAGGUUCCAGGAGAUGGAAACUGCUUGUUUCGUGCUUUGGCGGAUCAAUUGGAGGGACAUUCAAGAAAUCACUUGCAUUUACGUCACAAGACUGUUCAGUACAUGCAGUCUCACCGACAGGACUUUGAACCUUUUGUUGAGGAUGAUGUGCCAUUCACGAAGCAUGUGUCAGACCUUACAGAGCCAGGCACCUUUGCAGGGAACGGUCAGCAGGUGAAAGUGGUCAUCCAUCAGCUGAAUGCUGCAUUGUGGGAGAUAAAUGGAUCAGAUAAGCCAUUAUGUCAGGAACUUCAUAUAGCAUACCGUAAUGGUAACCAUUAUGACAGUGUCCGGCAUCUGGGAGACAACUCUGAAAGCCCUGCCCAUCUGCGUAUUGAGAAUCUAAAUAAUUCAAGGCAAAUUGGUGAUGGGCAGAAGUGCAAGCAGAAAGCCCCUUCCCCCAGCCACUCUCCUUCUGAUGAUGGAGAUGUUAUCCUUAAUUCCCUGAAGAUCACUGUUUGUCCGCCUGAGACCGGUACCACACACAAACCCAAGCUGUCUAAGAAACAAAGGAAAAAACAACGUUGUCUAGAGAGGAAGAAGAAGCGGGAGGAAAGACACAGACAGAUGGUUCUUCAAGACAUAGGUUCACAUCACCAAAAUCAGAAUCUGUUUGGACCGAUUACACUUGUGCCAGCACUCAGCACUCUUAGCAUCUAA